AUGCAUUCCUUCAAGACGAUCUCUGUUCUGGCUGCCGUUGCUGGCGUUGCCUUGGCGCUGCCCGCCCCUGCUGAAGAUGGCUCUCUCGUUGAACGCCAAUGGUGGGGUGGUCCUAAUAGAUACUGGAAGAGCCCUGAUGCCACUACCUGGGUCGUCGUGACUGCCGAAGCCACACCCGAAGCUACUGCCACUCCCACUCCUACUCCUGCCGCUGAGGAACCUGCUACGACUACCGAGGCUCCUGCUGCCACUACCACCGCCGACUCGGGUUCAACAGAUGGCUACAUGGGUAUUGUCUCCAAAUGGCGUUCUGCUGGCGGUCUCCCUGCUCUCACCCAGGACAGCACUCUCGAGGGUAAUGCCCUCAAGACCGCCACCGACAGUGGCGGGACCCUCACCCACGAAUUGAACCCUGGCACCAUGGCUCAGGUUUUGGCCCCUGGCAACGCGGACAAUUUCGAGAGUGUCUACGUUGGUGGAUGGCUCUGCGAAAUUCCCACGCUUCCCGGCUUGGAUGGCAUCUGCGACACCCUCGCUCAAGGUUGGAAUCACGCCGGACAGACUGGCCAUGCCGAAAUCCUCACAAGCACAUCAUACACCAAGAUUGGCUGUGCUCUGGCUUCAGGAAUUUGGGCAUGCGAUCUUGCAUAG